AUGACGGUAAUCGACGUUCCACUAGUGGAGAGCCGUCUUCAAAGUGCCAAAAGCGCCCUCGAUCUAUUUUAUCUGCAUCAGAGAAAUUCGAAACCAAACGAAGACGUCUCUGGGAUGAUUUCGAUAAAAAUGGGUGAAAAGGGCGUGGAAAAAGGUUUGGUGGACCCAGAGGUGGCGAAAUUGUAUGACCAGCUUGCGUACCUACUAUUCGAAGACGCAAGAUGGGACGAAGCCAUCGAACUUUUUGAAAAGAGGCUGGAAAUUGAGAAGAAAGUCCUUCAAUGCGAUGAUGAACCGGAAAUGGCAGACACGUAUAGAAAGUUUGCCAUGGUCUUGAACAGACAAGGCAAGUUUGAAGAAGCUAUGAAGCAACACCAAAAGGCGCUUACGAUCAACUUGCAUGCAUUUGGAUCUGAGCAUAGUUCGACUGCUACAACAUACCAUUGUACUGGGAACGUGUUUUACGAUCAAGGCAAGGACGAGAAAUCCAUGCAGAAAUACCAAAAGGCGCUUAAGAUCAGAAUGAAGACACUUGGAGCAGAUCAUUCCUCGAGUGCUAUAACAUAUCAUGGAUUGGAAAAGUCUUGUACCGACCAGGCAAGUGCGACGACGCAAUGCAACACUAUCAAAAGGCGCUUGCGAUCUUUUUGA